CAGCUAAUCUAGAAAAGUACCUAAUAAAUCUUUUUCAGUUUAUUGCUUGCUGUAUUGUUUUCGUGUUUUUUCUAUCAAUAUCACUCAAUUAUUAUAUUACGGGCCAUUAACAUUUUAACAAUUUGUGCUGAAAAAGCUACUAUCAUGGUCAAGGCGUGGUAUAUGGAUAACGAGACGACCGAUCAACGUUUGGAACACCAUAGGAAUCCUCCCGAAUUUAUCACCUUGGAAGAAUUGUACAAUAAGACCGGCGUUGAAUACUUCAGCUUAAAUGUUCACACCUACACAACUGAUGGAGUUCUGGAUAAAAUAAAGAAAGAGAGAGGAUACUCUUAUGAAGACGAAAUGGUGUGCUCCAAGGAGUGCCUCGCCAACUACGAGGAGAAGAUCAAGUCUUUCUUCACUGAGCAUCUGCAUACUGAUGAAGAAAUUAGGUUUAUCCUAGACGGGUCCGGUUACUUCGACGUGCGGGACGGUUCCGACCAGUGGAUCCGUAUUGCGGUCUCCGCCGGGGACAUGAUCGUAAUCCCCAGCGGCAUCUACCACAGAUUCACUUUGGACACUAAUAACUACAUCAAAGCCAAGCGUUUCUUCAUCGGCGAACCUGUGUGGCUGCCCCACAACCGGCCGGCAGACGACAUGGAGUGCAGACAGCGGUACCUGGAGAAGCUUCAUAAGGGUUUUGUGGCAGCCCACUGACGUUUGGAGAGAUUUGAAGAAGAAGAAGAAGAAGAAAUAGACCAGACCAUCUUAUACACGGACGUUGUCUAGAUAUGUCUUAUUUUUUGUCUCUUUCUGCCAUUCGGGUUUCUAGGAAGAGAGAAGAUACAUAUAUUGGUUUAUCAGCGUUUGUGAUAAGGAAUUCACGAAACUUUAUUAGGCGUAUGUGUUGUUUUUUCUCUAUUUCUACCACUUUGGUAUCCAAAAUGAUAGAGACAGAUGAUAAGACAUAUUUUUUAUUAAAAACUUUAUUAAGCCUUAAAUACUACAUCAGGUGAACUUAAUGCUAAUAGAAUUCUCUAUCAGACAACCUUCUUUAGAAAAUAGCGAACAUACCUAUAAUAUAAUCAGCGUUAAUAUAAAAAGUCAAGCGGAUCAAGCGUCUCAAUGGGUGUUCCUCAGGGCUCAAUUUUAGGACCAUUCCUCUUCUUGGUAUAUGUCAAUGACCUGCCUUUUAUGGUGGAAAAACAGGCGGGUAUAGUGCUGUUUGCCGAUGACACUUCUUUAAUAUUUAAAUUAGAUCGCCAUAGCGAAAAUGUAAGUUCGGUUAAUAAUAUACUGUCGGCCAUAUCUAUCUGGUUCUCAACCAACAAUCUUCUUUUAAAUGCUAAUAAGACCCAAUGCAUUAAAUUUACCCUUCCAAACGUAAGGCAGGCCAAUACUGACAUAAUACUGGAAGGCCAGAAAUUAGAAUUUGUUGAAAAUACAAAGUUUUUAGGAAUUAUAAUUGAUGCAAAGCUACAGUGGGGUGCUCAUAUUUCUAAACUAUCCAAUAGACUUAGCUCUGCCGCUUAUGCUGUUAGGAGGAUCCGACAAUUGACAGAUGUAGCUACAGCUAGGCUUGUUUAUUUCAGCUAUUUUCAUAGCUUGUUAUCUUAUGGUUUACUUUUAUGGGGUAGCGCGGCUGAUAUACAAACUAUUUUUAUAAUUCAGAAAAGGGCCGUUCGCGCAAUUUACGGCUUAGGACCAAGAGACUCGUUAAGACAACUCUUUAAGAAAAUAAACAUACCUACAGUAGCGUCCCAGUACAUUUUUGAUCUUAUAAUGUAUGUUAGGAAAAAUACCUCUUUUUUUCAAAAAGUUAGUGCCACAACUGAUAGAAAUUUACGUAAUAAACAUAAAUUAGUCAUACCGUUUCAUAGGCUUAGCAAAGUCAGUAAAUCAUUUAUGGGGAACUGUAUACGAUUUUAUAAUAGGUUGCCGGAGUCUGUUCUUGAUAUGCCCUACCGAAAAUUCAAAGAGUAUGUAAAGAAAGUACUUUGUGAGAAGGCUUAUUAUAGGACUGAUGAUUACCUUAAUGAUAAAAACAUCUGGCUCGAGCUUGGCACAGGAACCUCGUAAUUAAUUGUAGUUUAAUUUGAACUUAAAUCAAAAUUUCAGUACACUCUGUACAUAAAUCUUUUUAAAAUUGGCAAUCCAUAAAAUAUAUAUAUAUAUAUAUAUAUAUAUAUAUUUCUUUUUUCAAUAUUAAAUCUCAUAAAUAUAUAAAUCUCCCGUGAACAAUGUAUUCUCCCGUCCACAUUAUAUUCUAAGUAUAAUUUAAUAUUGUGAAGUUGACGUUGUUAAAGAAAAUGCUGCAGUGCAGUUUGUUACCGCUUCUUCUGCACUGACGCCUUGGAAGCGGCAGUAAACUUAGUUUUUAAGUAAUAUAUUUGACGUCAACCAAGUUGUUAAACCAUACGACAAUUAUUAAGCGAUAUAAUAAUAUCCUAUAAUAAUGAAUAAAAAAUUUUGAAUUUUUUGAAUUUGAAUUUGAGCUCUUAGUAUGUCUUGUUAACGUUCGUGAAUAAGGGCGGGAGUAAUUUUUUAUUUCUAUAUCAACAUUUAAAUGUAAUCAUCCCUAUAUAAGGAACCGCAAAAUAUGUAUACAAACUUACUUAUGAAAGGAAAGGUUGUAUAAAUCAGACAUGUAUGGAUGUCGUAAAAGACGACUAAGUGAUAGCCUUAAACUUGGGAUUGUUUUUGUAGGCGACGGGCUAGUAACCUGUUACUAUUUUAAUCUCAAUUCCAUCAUUAGGUCAUACAGCUGAACUUGGCCUAUCAGUCUGUUCAAGAUUGUUGGCUCUGUCUACUCCGCAAGGGAUAUAGACGUGAUUUUACAUAUGUAUGUAUGUAAAAAUUGUUCUAAAUUUGUUUUAUUCACAGAUGGCAUAAUUAUUUUUUUCAUAUUUAUUUAAAUUUAUAAAAUGGACUUUCCCAUCAUAUUUUGAAUUAAUAUAAAACAUUUAUGACGUCAUAUUUGAAACUAAAGACAAGAAAGUGGCGUCCUUUUAUUAUUUUUAUAUAAUAACUAUACACACUUGGAAAAUUUAGUUUGCUCAAAAACAAAAUUAUGUGUCUUUUUAUAAAGUUGUUACAUUAUGUAGUUAUAUGUUACGAUAUUGUGAUAAGAUAAUAUAUUUAUAUGUUACAUGGAA